AUGGAUGUACCACAUAAUGUUUCCUACAUCUUUUAUCAAUCACUGGAACCAGAAUUAGGUAACACACUACGAUUAACUGCAUAUGAUGGUAUAACCGUCACAGUACAGUUAGAAAGAAUUGACGGAGAAAUAUAUUUGGCUAAUGGAUGGGAAGAAUUUUUCGAUCAUCAUAACUUACAGGAUGGUUAUGUUGUAGUAUUUGAAUCUAACGGAGAUUCAAUGUUGAAUAUGAGGAUAUUUGAUCAUUCUAGAGCAGAGAUUACAUAUAGCUCCAAUUAUGAAGUAAACGACGACGAUUUAAAUAUGGAUAAUUCUGCGUUUGAAGUAAAACUAACGCUGGAUCAUAACAACCAUCGAGAAAUUUCUAUACCAGGAAGUACCAUGUGCCAAGACAUGUGCAAAAUGUUCGAAUCCUCGACUCUUUACUUCACUACUAGGAAGGUAUGGUUAGCGCAAUCAAACAAUAAUAGAAUGGAUAUGGAAAGCAAUCAGAACGGCAUGGUGAAUUCAAGCAACAAUCAGAAUGGGUAA